CCUGCUUCACCCGGCUCGACCAAAGAUCACUGUCUGAUAAGAAAGAUGGCAAACUUUAAUUUGUACGUCGCCAGCUGUGUGCUGCUGCUGGCCUUGAGCUGGCGCACAGCCACGGGACACCCGCUGCCCGCUCUGCGCACAGAAGAGUGCGAACAGUGCUCACUGCUCUUCAAGAGCCUCCUGCUCAACAUCACAGAGCUUCUCAAGGGUGAUGUUUUGUGCUUUGGCAUCACAUCUGAAAAGGUAGUGGUGAGGAGUAAAGCUGAUACAUUACUGGCCUGCGCUCCCCCUCUGACUCAGAACUCAAAUUGCAUGAUGCAAAGAAAUUCAUCCUUCAGUGAGAGAGAAUGUUUGAAGAACAUCAUGGAGGACUUGGCUUACUAUGAAGCUGCUAUUAAAUCCUACCUGAAGUCCCAACUCAGAAGUCCUGCUGAAGAAGAAGCACGUCUGAGCCCAACUCUGACAAUAAUAGAGAGUCUGAAGAACUGCUCCCGGAUGCAGAAUGAAAACAACUCUUCAGAGGUUACUGCACAGAUGUGGGGAAGUGACACCUACUCUAACAGAGAGCAGAUGUGUAAGAUGAUGAGAGGUUUCCAUGUCCGAGCCAUCACCAUCAACCGAGCUAUGGGCUACAUCUCUUCUGGAGACCACAGGAAGUAAACAUCCUGCAUCAUCAUCAUCAUCAUCACCAUCACUCCAAUUAAUACCACCCUAUCUCUGCUCCUUGAAAUUUUCACAACUUAACAAGCCAUCUAGAUCAUUCACUACCAUCACUUGUACUCACAACUACUGUCCAAGUAGUUCUUUACACUGCACAUGCUGUACAACUGUCUGCAUGAUUACUGCUCAGGCAUAAGCUAGCUGGCUCCAUUCCAGACUCUUAACUCAGUAAGAGUUGAAUGGCAGUCAAACUAUUGCUAAGGUUAGCAGUGGAGGCCAUGUUGGCCUAUUUACAUGUAUGAAUGUAUUCCAGUAUUUGGGGGAAUGUAUUUAUUUAUUUAAGAUAUAUUUAUUACAUUUAUUUAUUUGGUGGCAUGUGAUGUUAUUUAUUGUUAUUUAUAAUAAAGUAUUUUUGGUUAGCAAG